UAUUUAUUUCAAUGCUUUUCCUUACAAAAGAUUAAUUUAAAGCUUAGUCUACAAUAGAGUCGUAAAUCAUAAUGGCUCCUGCACACCAGCGCGAUGACGCGACACGCGAUGCGCGAUAUCCAAUGAGCGUGCAGCUUUUCCGCAUGUCUAGUCUAUAUCGUCUAUAUACGAUUUCCGCAAACUCGUUUAGAACAUCAAUAUCAUCAUGUAGAUGAGCAAUACAUAUAUUGCAAUCGAGUUAUUUUAUAUUAAUAGAUCGUAUUUUUAUGUAAGUGUAUAAUUGAUUAUGAUUAUGUAAGUGUAUAGCCAUUAUCUUUUGAUAUUCGCAUUCACACUCUUUUUGUGAUAUAUCAUUAGGUUAAAAAUAAAAUAAUAUGUUAACCUCAUAACCUAACCAUACGGAUGGCUCGAUGACGGAAUAAAUAUUAUAUUCUCGAUUUUGUUUCUGCGCAUAUUUGCAUUUGUUGCAGUUGUUUAUACACACACACAAAAUGUUUAUAUUAAUAUUUGCUAAAGGACGUUAUACUGUGUGUUCAAAAAAGAAAAAAGUAAAAAAAUCUCACAUUAUCGCAGUUCAUACAAAUAAAUCUGUUUUACAAGAAAUUGCAGACAAUUUGAAUAAAGCAAUUCCAGCUAUAGAAUUAUUAAAUAUUUCAUCAGAUGUAUCGCUAACUUCUGAUACUAAUAACACAUCAAAUGAUAUAUCAAAUAUGCCAAAUUCGAAUAAGAGUGAAGAUAUUUGCGCAUCAUCGAAUGAUUCCAAUAAUAUUGAACAAUGCACUAAAAGUGACAAAAUUGGUAACAGUUUACCGCUGUUUGAUAUAACACACAGCAAUGAUAAAAAUCCUACAUUUUCGUCUAAAAAUGUUCCUACUCUCUCUAGUGAUGGCAGUCCCAAUAAAGUAGUUAAUAAUAAAAUAGCUAAUGAUAACAUGAUAAAUGAUUCAUCAUUCAUUGAUACUGAUGCUAUAUUAGAUAUUAAUACAAUAUUAAACAUUGAUACAUUAAAUGUAAAUUCGAAUAUAGAAAAUGUUUGCACGUUUUUUGAUAUGGAGCAAUGCAGCAUGGAUGAUAAAAAUGAUAAUAUAAGAUCUUGCGAUGCAAAUAAAAUUAAAGACCUUGCGCAUUUACCUAAAGAUAUUUCUACUAUUGACAAAAAUUGCAAUAAAUUACUUAAUACUAACAACAUAAUAAAUGAUUCAUCAUUAAUUAAUGCUGCUGUAUUACCCAUUGAUACUACAUUAAAUGUUAAUGCAUCAAAUAUAAAUUCGAAUAUAGAUGAUAUUUGUUCAUUAUAUGACAAAAACGAUAUUGAACAAUGCAACAUAUGUGAUAGAAAUGAUAUUUUAUAUGACAAAAACGCCUGUGAUAUUGAGCAAUGCAAUAUAACUGAUAGAAAUGAUAUUGUAUAUGACAAAAAUGCCUGUGAUAUUAAGAUAUGCAACAUAAGUGAUAAAAAUGAUAUUAAUAUAACGCUUUGUGAUGCAAAUAUAAAGGCAAUCGAUAAGAUUAAGACUAUAAAAAUUAUAUCCAAUGUAGAAUUUAAUAAUACUUAUAAAAUUAUUGACGAAGGAAAUAUUUUAAAUAAGACUUGCGUCAUGGAUAAUAACAGUUUAAAUACUAUGUUGGUAGAUUUUGCUCCACUUGCAGAAUCUACAUUAACAAAAGAAAAAUCAACAUCAGAAUGUAUGAGUAUUAAUGCUAAUAUUGAGUCUGAUAAUUCUCUUACAUCUGAGCGUAAUAUGGAUGACAGUUUCCACACAUCAGAUUGUUCUGUAUCAGAAGAUUCAGAUGAAGAUAAACUUAGCGAUAAUACAAAUCAUACAAGUAUAAAUAAAAGUAAAUUAAAUAAAAGUAAAUUAAAUUUAACAAGUUCAUUAAAUUUAUCUAAAGUAAAUAUAUGUGACGAUAAAGAUAUGUACGUUGAAACAUCUGAUAAUCGCAAAUUAAAGUUGAGUAUGUGUCCAUACUGUAAAAAAUUGCAAUCACAAUUUGCAAGGCAUUUAGAAUCAAUACACAAUACUGAAGAAGAUGUAAAAAAGUUUUGUUUCUUACCUAAAGGUAACCCAGAACGGAAAAAAAUUAUUGCUAUAAUUAGACGAACAGGAAAUUUUGUAUAUAAUACAGAUCCUAACGUUAAUAAAGGAAAUUUAAUUGUAUGUCGUCGUCCGGCAAAAAAAUUAAACAAGCAAGCGGUCGAUUUUAUUCCAUGUGCAAAAUGUAAAGGAUACUUUUCUAAGAAUAACAUUCGACAUCAUUUUAAGUUAUGUACACAAAAGACUGAGUCUCGUCAAAGAAAUGUAAAAGUAUUAGGACGCACAGUAGCUUGCCGUAUACAUUAUAGUGCAAGUACAGUAUUAAAAAGACUAGUAUUUCCAGUGACGAGAGAAGAUACUAUAACUCAGCUUAUUAGAUAUGAUGAGUUAUUAAUUGCUUAUGGAAAUAAAAUGUGUCUAAAGUAUCGUCUUCAACACCAACAUGACAUGAUUAGAGCACGAUUAAGACUACUAGGACGAUUUCUGGCUACUAUGAAGGAAAUUGAUAAUACUGUGGUAGAUUUUACUUCAAUAUAUAAUCCAAAGAGAUAUGAUUAUUGUGUGAAAGCUGUUAAUAAUCUUGCACAAUUUGAUGAAACAACAUGGACAUACAAGGUAUCUUCUGUAGCAUCAUCGUUAGGAACUCUCAUAAAGCAAGUUGGACAAAUUUUAAGGAGCAUAUGCAUAAAAAGACAAGAACUCGAGAAUCAAGUUAUAGUAGAAAAUUUUUUAAAAUUAUUUGAAGAAGAUUAUCCUAUCAGCGUAAACAAAGUUGUACAUGAAACUCAAGGCGUCGAAUGAGACAAAGAAACAUAGUUU